AAAAAAAAAAAAAAAAAAAAAACGAAAAUGCUUGGCAAGAUUGCCCUAGAAGAAGCCUACGAAAUCCCCUCAAAGGCAGACCAAAUCCGCGAGCAAGCAGCCCUCUACAUCGCCCCCACCGACCUCGACCGCUAUCUCCUCCAAAUAAAAUCCAUCACCGACGAACGCCUCCAAAUCUCUAACGCCCACGGCAUCGGCUACACCAUCAUCUCGCUCACUGUCCCCGGCAUCCAGGGAAUAACCGACAAAUCCGCCGCUGAGAAACAAGCCCAUGAGGUCAACGACUACAUCGCCGACAUGAUCAAGCCGCACCGCGACAGGCUCGGCGCCUUCGCCGCGCUCUCAAUGCACGAUUCCGUACAAGCGGGCCAGGAACUCCGGCGGUGUGUGACGGAGCUCGGGUUCCACGGCGCGCUGCUGAAUGAUAUCCAGCAUGCUGGGGUCGAUGGCGAAACGUAUCUCUUCUAUGACCAGCCUGAGUAUGAUGAGUUCUGGAGGGUGGCUGUGGAGCUCGAUGUGCCGGUUUAUAUCCAUCCGGCGGCACCGCAGGGGCAGUAUUAUCGGCAGCAGUAUGCGGGGCGGAAGUACCUUGUUGGGCCGCCGUUAAGUUUCGCGAAUGGGGUGUCGUUGCAUUUGCUCGGGUUGAUUACGAAUGGGGUGUUUGAUCGGUUUCCCAAGUUGAAGGUUAUUGUUGGGCAUUUGGGGGAGCAUAUUCCGUUUGACUUUUGGAGGAUUAACCAUUGGUUGGAGGAUGUUGAGCGGCCGCUGGCGAAGAAGGCGGGCGAUCGCAUGUGUGAGAGGGAUAUUUAUUAUUAUUUUAAGAAUAAUAUCUGGGUCACGACUAGUGGGCAUUUCUCGACGCCUACGCUGAAGUAUGUUUGUGAUUAUCUGGGGCCGGAGCGGAUCCUUUUCAGUGUGGAUUAUCCUUAUGAGACGAUUGAGAAUGGUUGUGGGUGGUGGGAUCAGGAUGCGGAGAAUAUCAAGAAGGCUCUUGGGGGGGAGGAUGGGUACUUGAACGUGGGACGGGAGAAUGCGAAGAAGCUUCUGAAGCUGGAGAAGUUCCAUGACUCGGAUGCGCCAGUGUCGUGAUUGUUUUUUAUUUCAGUGAAUUAUCCAUGCAAAUACACUGUCAUGGUUUAAGAUGCUGUAUAAAAGUUGACUGGAUAUGUAUU